AUGACUGGCAGACCAAUGACUCAACCACCCUCCCCCACCCUCCCACCCCUUCCCCAACUGUUUGCUCAGGAUGACUGGGAGAUCUACAGCUUUCACAUCAACUCCACGGUGACCAGUCGUUACGCUACCACCAUCAUCACCAGCCGUGUGGCCAACCGUAAAGACGAAUCCCAAGAAAUCGAGUUCCACGUCCGGAUUCCCAAGAAUGCCUUCAUCAGCAAAUUCAGAAUGUUUAUGGACGGCCAGGUGUAUGAUGGGGUCGUGAAGGCUAAAGAAGCGGCUGAGCAGCAGUACACUGAUGCUGUGUCUCGCGGUGAAAGCGCUGGUAUCGUCAGGUACGAUUCAAGAUUAUUAUAA